GCGCAGCCGCUGUCCUUCUCUCAGCAUUGGUCCAGUGGAUUUGGAGGCAGUCGGUUCCCGGACAGCGAGCCACCAGGCCGGACAGCGCUUAGGGGACACCAGGCUGAGUGUUUAUCAUGGCCUCCAGCCACACCGUGUUGAUGCGACUGGUAGCUUCAGCAUAUUCUAUCGCUCAAAAGGCAGGAACCAUAGUCAGGUGUGUCAUUGCUGAAGGAGACCUGGGCAUCGUGCAGAAGACCUCGGCCACCGACCUGCAGACCAAAGCAGACCGCUUGGUACAGAUGAGCAUAUGCUCUUCCCUGGCCCGGAAGUUCCCGAAGCUGACAAUCAUAGGGGAAGAGGACCUGCCUCCUGGGGAAGUGGAUCAAGAGCUGAUUGAAGACGGGCAGUGGGAGGAGAUCCUGAAGCAGCCGUGCCCAUCGCAGUACAGUGCUAUCAAGGAGGAAGACCUUGUGGUUUGGGUUGACCCCUUAGAUGGCACCAAGGAAUACACUGAAGGUCUUCUUGACAAUGUGACAGUUCUCAUUGGGAUUGCUUAUGAAGGAAAGGCCAUCGCAGGCAUCAUCAACCAGCCGUAUUACAACUACCAGAACAAUGAAAAGGAGAAGCUCAGAGAGCACGGGAAUGAAGCCCAGGCAGGACCCGACGCGGUGCUGGGCAGGACCAUCUGGGGAGUUCUGGGUUUGGGUGCUUUUGGGUUUCAGCUGAAGGAAGCCCCUGCCGGGAAGCACAUUAUCACAACCACCAGAUCCCAUAGCAACAAGCUGGUCACGGACUGCAUUUCGGCCAUGAACCCCGACACCGUGCUGCGAGUGGGAGGAGCAGGAAACAAGAUUAUCCAGCUGAUCGAAGGCAAAGCUUCUGCUUAUGUGUUUGCAAGUCCUGGGUGUAAGAAGUGGGACACUUGUGCCCCGGAAGUUAUCUUGCAUGCUGUGGGAGGGAAGUUGACAGACAUCCAUGGGAAUGCCCUGCAGUACAACAAGGAGGUGAAACACAUGAACUCUGCCGGAGUCCUGGCUGCACUGCGGAACUACGAGUACUACGCAAGCCAUGUUCCAGAGUCGGUCAAAAGUGCGCUCAUUCCGUAAAGGGGUCUCACUCACUUACCCAGAGGCCUUGGUUCAAAGGAACACAUCUUAGAACUGACUAACUAAUUGAACAAUUGGAGCUCCGCCUGCAUUUAUCAUUGAUCAGUGAUUUAUUAGUAGUUAGGGAUAGAAGAUGGAAUUAAGGAAUUUUCUUCACAUCAUCUAACACGCUUAAGACUUAAGUAUAUAAUACGAUUGUCAUUUCUCCUGCCUAAAAAAAAAUUAGCCAGGUGUGAUGGCACUUACAGUAGUCAUAGCUACUCCAGUGGUUGAAUCAGAGGAUUGCUUGAGCCUAGCCUCCAUUACAUAGCAAGACACAGCCUAAACACAGAGAAGGAAAACAAAAAAGGAAUUUAGUUUUACUAAUUAGCUAACAGGACCAGUUGUUUUGGGGUUUUUUUUUUUUUUUUUUCCUCUUGUUGUUUGGGCAUUUUGUUUGU